AUGGGAUUUCUCUCGUGCCCUUUACCUUGCCAAUCGAUUAAACGAGAUCCUUAUCAACUACAACAAGAUCACGAUCACGACCAUUUACGCUCGGGUGAUUCUUUGGCUUCAAAUUCCUCGAUUUCUUCGCAAUUAAGCUUGCCAUCGGUUCCUUCUCUAACACCACCAGUUGAAAAGUCCCCGUCCAUCACCAACCACCACUGCCUAGCCACCCUCAAAGGCCAUUCCUCCUAUAUUUUCUCCCUAGCUCUCGCCGGAAAACACCUCUUGAGCGGCUCGUCCAACAGCGAAAUUCGACUAUGGAACCGAGAUCCCUCUUCCUCUAGCACCCACAAUCUGGCCCAUCAUAACAUAGUUGCACAAGGCUAUAGUGCUGUCAAAGCUAUAGUGGUCUUGGGAGACAAAUUGUUCACUGCACACCAAGAUCAAAAAAUACGCGUAUGGAAAAUCAAUAACGAACCCACCCCAUCUCACCAAGAAUCCAGUACUGUGUACCAAACGCGCCUCAAAUGUAUCGCAACUUUACCAACGGCAAACGACCGAUACAUGAAGCUGUUUUCUGCCAAGAACUAUGUACAAGUACGCAGACACAAAAAAUGCACUUGGGUACAUCAUGUUGAUACAGUAUCAGCACUGGCCUUAUCAGAAAAUGGUUCUUUACUCUAUUCUGUUUCAUGGGAUAGGACAUUUAAAGUAUGGCGAACAUCGGAUUUCAAAUGCCUAGAAUCAGUGUGGAAUGCACAUGAUGAUGCAAUAAAUGCCAUAGUAUUGUCCAAUGAAGGCUAUGUCUAUACUGGUUCCGCAGACAGGAAGAUAAAGGUGUGGAAAAAGCAUGAAGGAAAUAAAAAACACUCUCUAGUGGCUACACUAGAGAAACACAAGUCAGCUGUAAAUGCUUUAGCAAUAAGCACCGAUGGCGCGGUUUUAUACUCCGGCGCCUGCGAUCGGUCGAUAAUUGUGUGGGAAAAGAACGAUGGUGGCGGUGGUGGUAGCGAUGAUCAUAUGGUGGUGGCAGGGGCACUUAGAGGGCAUACUAAGGCCAUAUUGUGCCUGACUGUUGUCUCAGAUUUGUUGUGCAGUGGAUCAGCAGAUAAAACAGUUAGAAUUUGGAAGAGAGGAAUUGAAAAGAGUUUUUCUUGUUUAACAGUUUUUGAAGGACAUAGCGGACCUGUCAAGUGUUUGACAGCAUCUGUUGAUAGUAAAAAUGUUAAGGAUGUUACAGAAUAUGGGACUUCUUAUAUGGUUUACAGUGGCAGUUUGGAUUUUGAUAUAAAGAUUUGGCAAUUUUGGGUCCCCAACUCUUAG